GAGAUUCAUCUCAAGUGUCAUUACGUAUAACCGACUGAAGUUUUCCUAAAGUGCGCUAUUCUUUUUAAAGCACAUGAUUAGAAAUAAGAAUCUAACAUUUCUAACAACUUUCUAACAUUUCUAGACACCUAAAGUUAAAUUGACAACAAGGCGUUUCUUUUUCUAGAGGAAUCUUCAAGGUCUUUUUCUUGCAACGCUUGAAAACUGAAUAAUAAUGACCGCUGUGGACGAUGUGGCUGCUGCGACGUUCUCGUACGACGGCUCGGGCGACUUCACAGCCUCGGAGGAAAUGGUUCGCGCUUACGCCCAACACGGAUUCGUAAUUAUCAAGAACCUGUUCAACGAGUCAGAGAUGAAUUUGAUUCGCACUGCCAUCGAGAGCCCAGACGGCGUGCAGCGACAUGCGUACGGCAGGUCGGACGGUCAGAGGACCGCCAAACUCUGCGUAUGGCAACAUCCUGGUGAUGACGUCACCGGUGUUGCUGUCAGGCUUGAAAAAGUUGCUGGGACGAUGGAAAAAUUGAUGGGUGGAGACGAAGUGUAUCACUAUCACAGCAAGCUUAUGAUGAAAGAGGCCAAGACCGGCGGUGCAUUCUUGUGGCAUCAAGACUACGGGUACUGGUACCCGAAUGGCUGUCUUCGGCCAGACAUGGGGACGGUGUUCAUGCCAGUGGAUGCCUGCACGGAGGAGAACGGCUGUCUGCAGGUGGUGCCGGGGUCGCAUCAACUCGGCAGGCAGGACCACGAGACGCUUGGAGAACAGCUUUCUGUUGAACGAAACCGACUUAAAGAGAUCUUGGAGCGGUACCCACCGUGCCCGGUAGAGAUGGCCCCAGGCGACGCCCUGUUUUUCGACUGCAACCUGCUGCACUGCUCGUCCGAGAACAACUCCGACAAGAGGCGGUAUGCCCUCGUUUCUGCGUUCAACAAAAAGUUAAACAAUCCAUUUCUGGAGCAUCAUCACCCAUGUUACACGUUUCUGCAUAAGCUCCCCAACUCGGCUCUUCUGGAAUGCAAGAAUGUGACUGGGCUGGACGGCAAGGAUUUUUUGGAUCCCAAAAAUGAUACCUCAUACAUUUCAGGCAACAGUGGUAAAGUCCACUGAUCGAAAAAUUGACCCCGUUGAAGACAUCAGCCAAAUCAAGUGCUUUUCGUUAACGUACCGAACGAAGGACGCGUUUAGUUGCUUGAUUUUGUAACAACGAACAGGUGUAUUCCAAGGGACAGUUCAGUCAACCCGAAUAAUGAUCUAUAAAUACAGAUUUAAUUACUGAAACCUUUACUUAGAAAUGGUUAUAAAACGUUCAUUUUAUAAGAUCAAAACGGCUUUACAACAGAUAAUUAAUAUUUUUUAUAUUCCGUUUUCUGUAUCCGAUUCGUAAUAGUUUUCGCUACAAAUUGAGCUGAAAAACACAGAAAACAAAAUAUUUCUAUUUAAGGACAGACCCUGCCCUUUAGCUAAAAAAGGUAGCUAAAGGUGCCCUUUAGCUUUAAGGGUAGACCCUGCUUUAGCUUGUACAAUUGUUUGUCAAAACAUAUCGUUUUCAUUUGCGAUAAACAUGUUUGAGAAUUAUUAGAUCAUUUGUUUAUUCAUUAUUUAUUUGUAAAAAUUUA